AUGAAUCCAGUUAAUACCAAGCCUUACGAAUUACCCAUCGGUGCAACCUGGCUAAUUACCGGUUGCUCAUCUGGCAUUGGUCGCGCUAUCUCAGAAUUAGUUGCCAGCAAACCAAACCAGCGCUUGAUUGCAACAUCUCGAAACCCUUCAGACCUGUCUUAUCUUCCUAAUUCCAACCCCAACAUUCUCAAACUCGCCCUCGACGUAACUUCUCCUACUAGCCUUAACGAGGCAUUUUCUACCGCCUCCAAGCAUUUCGGCGACUCUUUCCAUCUUGACAUUGUUAUCAACAAUGCCGGUUAUUCACUUUCCGGAGACACAGAAUCCGCAACUGAGGAAGAAGCGCAUAUCGAAAUUGAGACAUUAUUUUUCGGCACAGCAAGAGUAACAAUGAAAGCCGUUGAAAUUAUGCGUCAGCACAAAGAAUAUCGAGGAGGAGUAAUAUACCAAAUUUCCUCCCUCGCUGGAUUAUGUUCUUUCCCGGGUAGUUCUUACUACCAUGCCGGUAAAUACGCCGUAGAAGGUUGGACUGAAUCUGUAGCACGAGAAAUGCAUCCUGAUUGGAAUAUUAAUUUCUGUAUAAUCGAGCCCUCGGGUGUUAAAACCAAUUUCGAAGGCCACGGAAAAGCCCACACGGCACCUCAUCCCGCCUAUACCGCUCCUGAUAUGCCCGCUCGUAUGCUUGAAAAAUGGGUAAAUAUGGGUAUCAGAAGUGGUAUUGGUAUGCUCGAGCCUACUGCCAUAGCAGAAAUUAUCUACAUGAUAGCUAGUCGUGGAGAGAAAGUGCCGCUUCGACUUCCUUUAGGCCCCACGGCAUGGAAAUUAAUUAGACAGAAAUAUGAGGGGUUUUUGAGAGAUUUGGAUGCGGUCAAGGAUAUUAGUGCUAUGGGGAAGGAGAUCUGA